CUAUUUCUUCAUUUCCUUCUAAUUUUCCGAUCACAGGAAUAUUGUCGCUCUUCCUUAUUUUCUAGCACUACUACAAAAUGUCUAAUUUAUUUGUUACUAUUGCUUUUUUAGUAUUUUUCGUGUUAAAUUGCGGUAACGCACAAAAUGCACCUUCUCAUUCCCCAAUUUCUUCUCCUUCUAAAUCUCCGAUAGCGAAAUCUCAACCACCGGUUUCUUCUCCGGCGAGAUCUCCAGCACUCAGUCCAUCAACCAGUGUAUCUUCUCCGACGAUUUCUCCCGCGAUAGAAACUCCGGUGAAAACUCCGGCGACUUCUCCGAGUAUUUCUUCAAGUUCAGCAACUCCGGCGACUUCUCCGAGUAUUUCUUCAAGUUCAGCAACUCCGGCGAAUUCUCCGGCGACGGCGAGUUUGUCGCCGGAGAGUUCACAAGGUCCAAGUGCUGAUGACACUUCAUCUGCAAUUUCAAUAUUUGAAGUGCCGAUGGUUCUAAGCGGGCUUGGGCUUGGGUUUGCUAUAUGGGCUGCCUUGUUAAUUUGAAUGGAUCCGGCCCAAUAUUGAACGCCAGGCCCAUUUAGACAUACUAUUAGUAUUAUUGAAUCUUUCACUAUUAUUGUAAUUCUUUGAACACUUAUUCAUUCAGUAAUCUACUUGUGUUGGUUUUUAAUUAUUGCUCAUCAUUUAUAUAUAUAGUGAAAUUUGAUUUCUUUAAUAUUA